AUGGCCUUCCCAACACCUUCCCACGGCAGCUCUGCGCAGGCGCAUCUGCCCAGUAAAACCCCGACCGAUCAUGCUGCUGUGCAAUCCCGGGAGGCCGGGGAAAUCGUUCCGGAAGCGAGCAAGGUACCUGCCAAAGAUGCAGAGCAGAAGCCAAAGGCGAAGCCCCUAGCCCAUUUCAUCGCCGGAGGGAUCGGUGGCAUGACUGCCGCAACUCUCACCUCGCCUCUCGAUGUUCUGAAGACGCGUCUCCAGUCCGACUUCUACCAAGCCCAACUGCGAUCUCUUCGUGCCGCACAUGCCCUUCCUCAGAACGCCUCACCGCUGAUCGCCCUGCCUCGAAGUGCUCUGCUACAUUUCAGUGAAACAUUUCAGAUCCUUCGCUCGAUAUAUGUCCACGAGGGAUGGCGCGCGCUCUUCAAGGGCCUAGGACCCAAUUUGAUUGGCGUCGUGCCUGCGCGUGCCAUCAACUUCUACGUCUACGGCAAUGGAAAGCGGAUCCUGAGUGACUACUUUGGCUACCGAGAUUCGAAGGAAACGCCCAUGGGCAUCCACCUCAGCGCGGCCGCCAUCGCAGGCAUCGCUACCGGCACUGCUACGAACCCAAUCUGGCUGGUCAAGACGCGGUUGCAGCUGGACAAGUCGAAUGCGGAAAAUGGCAAAGGGCGCCAGUACAAGAACAGCUGGGAUUGCGUCAAGCAAACGGUUCGUCACGAGGGCAUCCGCGGAUUGUACAAGGGUCUCUCUGCUUCGUACCUGGGUGUGACCGAGUCCACUCUUCAGUGGGUGAUGUACGAGCAGAUGAAAAAGAUCCUCGCUCGUCGCGAAGCCGCGAAACUUGCGGACCCCAACCACGUCCACAGCCUCUGGGAUGACGUGGAGCAAUGGGGAGGACGAGUUGGAUCGGCCGGGAUGGCAAAGCUGAUCGCGGCUGCGGUAACAUACCCUCAUGAGGUUGUCCGUACACGGCUGCGACAGGCGCCCACCGUGCCGGUUGGCGGAGGCAAAGUCCAGAUGAAGUACACCGGUCUGGUGCAGUGCUUCAGGACGGUGUGGAAGGAAGAGGGGAUGCUCGGACUGUACGGCGGGUUAACACCGCACCUGCUCCGUGUCGUCCCGUCUGCCGCCAUCAUGUUUGGCAUGUACGAGUUAAUUCUCCGUCUAUUUGGAACGACCGCGUAA